AUGCCAAAUGUGGGCGCUGCAAGUACGGCGCAGGAGUACACGCGUGCGGCAGCAGUGACGACGGCGUCAUCAAAACCUGCGUCACCUGAAGAGGCGGAGACAGCCACGGAAACGGUGACGCAGACGGAGAAAGCACGCAAAAUGCCCAUUUCGAUUCGUAGUGACAGUUCUCGUCGUUCGACAAGGAUUCCACCCAUCUUCGCAGAACCGGUGAAACGCAUCAUAUUCGUGCGUAGUGGCAAGAGUCUUGCAGAUGUAGAUGUUGGGGCCCAUAUCACUACGCCAGAUUGGCGCAUUUCCAUUGUACCAGAGGGGGAGGAGGAGUGUUAUAAGGCCGGGAGGCACGUGGCGGAGAUGGUUGGAGACGAGCCCAUCUACUUUUAUUUUUCGCCCUAUUUGCGUAGUCGGCAGAGCUUUAAACACAUGCUGCGUGGCUACGACGAAUACAGAGGUGAACAUAAGAUGGAUGGCAAUUCCAUCAUUGGCGUGCGUGAGGACGUACGGUUGCGGGAUGUAGACAUUGGUCGUUAUCGAUCCAAAGAUGAACUUCUUAAACACCUUCGUGAACGAGAGGUGUACGGUAGAUUUUACUACCGUUUCCCGCAUGGUGAGAGUGGCGCCGAUGUGUGCGAUCGCGUGACAAGCUUUCUUGAUGCCUUUCGGCGUGAACGACUGGACUUUGCGAUGGACACAAACGUUGUCAUUCUGACGCAUGGGCAAACAAUACGCAUGUUUGUAAAGCGUUGGUUCCACUUAACAGUAGACACAUUUCACUUGAUGAAAUCCCCGCCGACCGGAUCUGUUAGCACGCUGACACGUUUGCAUCACCGCAGCUGCUUCCGUCUUGACAACCGAUGCGUCGAGUUAAUGAACCUCCCCCUUUCACUCAAUGAGUACAACGGGUACAAGUACCGCAACAAACAGCUGCUAGGCUCUAUGAGUACCGGUGCACCGCUUAUGUAA